AGGUUGCUGCUUCAUUGUUGCUCCUUUUCGUCAAUCCUUAUGUUCUUAUAUUGUACAGACUACUACUUCUCAAUCUUAGUCUAAGAGUCCAGAUUGAGUAAAGUGUUUGUGCUGCUUUCAAGUCCUAUCGCAAAACAAAAAUAAACUUUUCCCCCCAAUUCCUAUAAUUGCGUCCACUUUACAUCCCAGGUGUGCCUCUCAAGUCUCUUAAAUGGGUCGUCAUUUGCCUUAUUUGUGUCUUUUCCAUAUAAGAGGCUUGAGCAACACCUAGGAGAAACACACCAACGGCUACCUUUAAUCACAUUGCGCAUCCACGUAGGCUACUGAUCGCAGCCGCGUCCACGAGUCCAGGUUCGCUUUGCAUCUCGUCAAAACAAAGCGGGGGCGAGCCAGAGAGCGAGCGGCGGUGUAUGCUUCAUGAAUGAGCUCCCCUCCACCGCACCGCAGGUCGGACUCUUCAUCCGCCUGCACCCCGAUACCCCUGUGGGUGCACAGACUGGCGGGGAACAGUAACGGAGGCGGCUGCCGAUGAGCCCAGACAAUACACACUUCCCACCAGUACUACAUGACCGUUUCAUCCCAUCAGGAACAACACGACAGGAUAAGCAACGAUGCUUGAUGGACUCCGGCGGAGACAUGCCUCCAGCAAAUCCCCCCGACCCCUGUCCCUCAACUUUAGCACUUUCUCAGCCCCUCCUCCGAGCCCGGACAUGGACAGCAGCAGCGAGCAUCCGAUCAGGAGGACGCUGCACCGGCUGAAGUUGAUGAGCUCCCCCAGCCUCAGUGAGCUGGGGAAGAGUGAGAAAAGUUCACCAGAGGACAGAGGGGAGAAGCAGAAGAGGGCAGGAGCAAAUGCCACCUGGAACAGCAUCCACAACGCUGUCAUAGCAGUCUUCCAGAAGAAAGGUUUAGCAGAUAACGAACUCUAUGUCCUCAAUGAAGGUGUCCGACAUUUGUUGAAGACUGAGCUGGGAUCCUUCUUUACAGAAUACCUUCAGAACCAGCUGCUGACAAAAGGCAUGGUCAUCCUACGGGACAAAAUAAGGUUCUACGAAGGUCAGAAGUUACUCGACUCUCUGGCAGAGACGUGGGACUUCUUCUUCUGUGAUGUUCUCCCAAUGUUGCAGGCCAUCUUUCAUCCAGUUCAGGGUAAGGAGCCCUCUGUCCGACAGCUAGCUCUGCUGCACUUCAGGAACACCAUAGUGCUGAGUGUAAAGUUAGAGGAUGCUCUGUCUCGACCGCGGGCCCGUGUGCCCCCUUCUGUUACACAGAUGCUGCUUAUUCUACAGGGGGUCCAUGAGCCACGUGGCGUGAAUGAGGAGUACCUGAGGCUGGAGUCUCUGGUUCAGAAGGUUGUCUCACCAUACCUGGGCACCCAUGGGCUUUACCCUGGAGAUGGUGCUGAGGCCCACUGCUGUGUUCUGGAGAAGCGUUUAGUGUGGGGCUGGCCCAAAUCUGCAGAUCAGUCGUCUAAAAACCCUGUGGUACGAUCAAAAAGUUACAACAUCCCACUGCUGCUGACCCCGGUGGCUGAGUAUGACCCAGAUGCCAGCUCCGUUGGCAGUGGAGGAAUUCGGCGCCACUCAGCUUGUGAGAUAAUAUCAUGCUUGGAGGAACCAGGACUGGCCUAUGCUGACCUGGCCCCAGGGUCCGAACUGUCUGGCACCUCCUCCAACAGGCUGAGUGUGGGCCCUCAGUUCAAUGGCAUUGGACAAGCGGCAGUCAGUGCCAUCAACUUGCCUCUUUCGUCGCCUUCCAUCAUUCUCCUUCAUUCCUCAGGAGAGCUUCAUGGCACUGAGGCCACAACAACGGUGACUGAUCUCAAUAAAGGCGCAUCGUCCACACCACCCAGUGAAUCAUCCAGCCCAGAAACCAUAAUUGGACCAGUGCUAGAGUCUGCAGACUCAGACUCAGACGGGAUAGUUAUUGAUUUCCCACCUCACUCCUCAGAGGCUAUGGGGUACAGCCUCGAGAGCAGGCAGAGCACUGUGUAGCUGUGGUUGCCUUAAGAACGCACGCCCCCAGUGGGUACGGUAAUAUUUUGGGACAAAGAUUAAAGAACCCUACUGCAUUUCAUUAAAUAGGUACAAUCAUCCUUUUUACUGCAGUACGACAAGUUUCCAUGGCAGCUCUAUUCCAAAUGAUUUCAAUGGUGAGUGAAAACCUUGUAAUUCUGAAAUGUUGAGUUUGUAGCCCUCAGAAGUCGAUGAUCACACAUGUUGAUGUUGUAUGUCAAAGUGUACAAAUAAUUGUCAGGUCAAAAAAUGAGGUUGUGCUGAAGAAAAUGAUACCAAACAUUGGCGUGUUAAACAUGUUUCCAUGUGGUAUAUAAAGGUAAAAUCAAAACUAUUAAAAAUCGGCCAAAAUAGUGAAAAAUAUUACAAGACUCUUGAACAAAGAAAAGCCAUCAUUUUCCACCAAAACACAAAGCAAAUUCCAGUGGAACUGUUAUUAAACCUUUACUGGAUUUUCAUCUUAAGGAAAUUGUAGUUGUGACUUUAUUCACAUGAGCUCAGACAUGCCAGAUAAGUCUGGUUAUAUUCUAUAUUUUUCUUGUUGUCAGCCAGUCCCUUUAAACUAAACUAAAUUCAACAAUGAAGUGAUCCUACUAAAAAGUACUGUCCAUGUAACCAAAGUCUAAUAUAUAUUUUUGUCCAAAAAAACGAAGCCAGAGCAUUAUACUGCGAGAUGUUUUAUUACAAAGGACACUGUAGUUGAGUCAAUCCUACAUAUACAGUACUGCUGCUGUGAAUACUCACUUGUGCACAUCGGAAAAUAGUUCCCUAACAAAUGCACAAUCUAAACUUGUUUGUAUAACAUUUGAUAAAAACUUGUUUAACCUAUUUUUGAUUGAACAACAUGGGUUUGGAGCUGAGAGCUUCAGAUAGGCUGGAUGAGUGCUGAGAGAUGGACUAAUGCAUUGUUGUUUUGGGAUUUAUUGGCAGCAAAAUAUGGAAUAUCACUAGCCUUAUCCCAUAAGCCACAGAGGGGCACAUAGUCCCUCAGUCGAAGUUAAAACCACAAAAACUACUGAAACUGGAAUUAUGAGGGUUUUCACACAACAGCAGCUGUUGGCUGUUGUAGCCACCAUUUACAUGAAAACAUGUCAGAAACUACAUUUUAAUUGUGUUCUAAAUUUUCAUGGAUUUGUUUUAUAUUUUAUGUUUACAGCUUGUUGUCUGUAGGUUGGCAGUAACACAUUAAUGAAGUUGGCUGCUUUCACUUUUGUACAACAGCUUAUGAAACUGUGGACUGUUGAAUAUGUUUUUAAUUUCAGAGGCACUCCUAGAGGUCUAAUCCAAAUUCUCCCAGUGCAACCAUCAGUGUGACGGCAUUUGCUUUUUUGUAUUAGUUUGAUAUAGCAAGAGGUUGAGGAAUAUGCCAAUGGUUAUUGUUUACAUUUGACAGAUACAUGAAUAUUUUGACUGUUGUCUCACACACUGUAUUUUGCACCACCACUACCUUGUAAAUAAAAGUGCAUUGUUGGUUUUUAGGACAGCUACAUAGCGUAAAGUGAGCUUUUACCUUGAAUUUUUCAUAAGGGCUUUUUAACUGAAUUUUUUCAAAGGAUGUUUUACCUCAAGAAUUUUGUACUUUACUUUUCUUGCCAAUCUAUGAUGUCUAUGGGGUUGUACUUUGUAUUGAUUUGUCAUACUAGCCCAGUAAAAAAAAAUA